AUGGAAAAAAAGGUCAGCGUUUUCCUUAGCGUCAUUGGGCGUAAAACCUUCAUGCUUGUACGUGACUUGGUCGCCUCUGAAAAACCUGCCACUAAAACAUUCGCAGAACUCUGUAAAGUGUUAAAAGAUCAUUUGUCGCCGGAACCACUGGUUCAAACGGAAAGAUUUCGUUUUCAUCAACGAAGUCAAAAACAUGGAGAAAAUGUGUUAGCUUUUUACGCAGAUUUAAAGCGCCUCUUCACCACAUGUGAGUUCGGUGCUGAGUUGGGAAACACACUUCGCGAUAAACUCGUAAGUGGACUGAAAUGCAGCCACACACAAAAUCGAUUGAUAACUGAGAAAAAUUUAACACAUAAAAAAGCAUUGCAAAUUGCUGUAGAAGUUGAAAUUGCUGCAAAAGAUACAAAAGUGCUUCAAGGCAAAAAUACUGCAAAUUAUGAAAGUGAAAAUGCUCAUUACGUAAAGCGUGAUGCAGCAAGGAAAUGCUACAGGUGUGGUAAAAUUGAACACCAUCCAGAUAAAUGCUGGUUUAAAGAGAAAUAUUGUCUUAAUUGUAAUAAAAGAGGUCACACCAAAUUUGUGUGUAGAUCUAAACCACACCACAUAAGAAGCACCCAGCCGCGACCUGGGCGUCAACAAAACUGCACUAGCGAAGUAGAGAAAAGCGUCGCUGCAGAUAAAGUGGCAUCGAAAUUUCUAUCGAAUAUACAAGUGGCAAAAGUAAAUGAAAAAGAAGUGUCCGGCCAUGCCACUGAUAUCAUAUGGAUACUUGUCAAAGUAGCAGGAAAAGUAAUGGAAAUGGAUACGGGAGCAGCAGUAUCGAUAAUAUCGAAUAAAGAUUAUCAAAAACAUUUUAAAAAUGAGAAGCUCACACCUACCGCUAUAAAAAUGAAAACAUACAUGGGUGAGCCAUUAAAACCACUUGGGCUGUUACCAGUUGAAGUUCAAUGUGGAUAUGAAGCAGCAAAACUGAAAUUGUAUGUGGUCGAAAAAGCUGUAACAAAACCAAAUGGUCAAAUACGUCUCUGUGGUGAUUUCAAAGUAACUGUUAAUCCAGCUUUGAAGAUUGAUCAAUACCCAUUCCCAAGAGUUGAAGAACUGUUUGAAAUCUUAGCUGGUGGACAAAAGUUCACAAAAUUAGAUUUGAAAAAUGCUUAUUUGCAAUUAGAAGUCGAUGAAGACUGCAAACAUCUACUCACAUUGAAUACACACAGAGGACUGUAUCGUGUAAAUAGAAUGGUUUAUGGAAUUGCAUCAGCUCCAGCUAUCUGGCAACGGGUUCUGGAACAAAUUUUGCAAGGAUUGCCUAAAGUGGCAUGUAUAUUAGAUGACAUGAUCAUCACUGGAUCAAAUGAUGAAGAUCACCUCAAAAAUGUGGGAAACGUCUUAAAGAGAUUAAAAGAAUAUGGGGUGAGACUGAAUUUAACAAAAUGCGAAUUUAUGAAAGAUCGUAUUACUUUCUUUGGCCAUGAUAUUGAUUGUAACGGACAACAUAUGACAGAGAAACUUGGCAAUUGUGGAUGCACCGCGUCCUGA